CUCGACACGGCGCAGCUGUUCCCGUUACUCGCGCGUGCGCGGGGGGUCAGAUCUGCUCUGGGGCUGCUCGCUCGCUCAUCUCUCGGCGAUGGCAGCAGCAGCAGCAGGAGGUGAUGGAGGUGAUGGAGUUGGAGGCGUCUCGGGUCUGCUGUUCGACUACGCGGAUGCUGCCGUGGCCGUGUACUCGCGAGUGCGCAGCGAGUGGAGCGACUGCUCCGACUGCGGCCCCGCGCUCGCUGCGCGCACGCUGCGCAACGCGGCCACGUUCGGGCGCCGCGACGCGGUCAUCGUGGUCGUGUUGGCGCUCGCGUGGAUCACGGCGCGCAUCCUCGCCACGUCCCACGUCUUCAAGCCGCUGGCGGCAAAGCUGCGGCUGCGCCCCCAGGAUGUGGCCAAGUUCCCGGAGAACGCGUGGAAGCUCGUCUUCUACCUGGGCGCGUGGCUCUACAGCGGCUACCUGCUCUUCAUGCGCGACUACAACUUCUUCGCACAGCCGCUGUCGGCGUUCACCGGCUGGUACGUGGGCAUGGAGGUGCCCAGCGACAUCCACCUCGCCUACAUGCUCCAGGGCAGCUUCUACCUCCACUCGGUGUACGGGACACUGUGCCUGGACACGUGGCGCCGCGACUCGCCCGUCAUGAUCCUCCACCACAUCAUCACCCUGUCGCUCAUCGGCUUCUCCUACGCCCUCAGGUUCCACAACAUCGGGCUGCUGGUGCUCUUCCUGCACGACACGAGCGACUUCCUGCUCGAGUUCACCAAGGUCAACGUCUACCUGCGGCACCGCGGCGGGGGCAGCGAACGCGAGCGCUGGGUCCACGCUCGCAUCGCCGACCUCGGCUGCGCCGCCUUCGGCUCCAGCUGGUUCGUGUGCCGCCUCUACUGGUUCCCGCUCAAGGUGGUGCACACCACCGCCGUCACGGUGCUCACCGUCAUCCCGAACAUGCCCUUCUACUUCUUGUUCAACACCCUGCUCAUCAUACUCACCGGCAUGAACGUCUACUGGUUCUCGUUCAUCGUGGCCUUCGUGGCGAAGGUGCUGACGGGGCAGAUGAAGGAAGUGGACGAUCUGCGCGAGUUCGACGUGAAUGAGCGAGUGAGCACGGGCCCGGAGGGGGAGGCAAUGACGCAGGGGGAGCGCCGGUCUCACGCGAAACGCGGCAAAGGAAAAGGCGAGGCUCAGGAGAACGGCCUGCAAAGCGGCGGUGGCAAGAAGCAGCAGUGAGUGCGAAGCGCACGCUGCUCGGAGGCGCCCCUGCGACUUCUCCCUCUGCGCGUCUCCGACAAAACCAUGGGGGGGGUGGAUCCGGCCGCACAAAAAACCCCAAAGUUUCUUUCCCCAAGCCACAGCCACCGUCCUCCCCCUUCCUCCGAGGGAUUUGGUUUGCUCCACAGCUGACUGCCGGUCUGCAAGUGUGAGAGUUGGUCACGGACCAUUUCAUUUGAAUCGAGGUGGGGAUUUUUUUCUUUCAUAAUUCGUGUUUGGGGAGGAAGAAAAAAAAACUGGCGUUCCGUCCAGCUAUUUGCUUUCCAGCCGGCGUGUGGCCAUGCUGUUGUUGGCUGGGGGAGUGGCGCACUUGUGCCAAGAGUCGGAAUUCGCGGAGUCAAAAACGAAGACGCGGGGGAGGUUUAAAAUUGUUUUGUUUUCCAGCAGCGGUCUCGUGCUUGGAGACGGACGCUUCCAUUGCGACGUCUUUUUAUCCUCAGCAGGCAGACUUCUGUCAAUGACAAACCCCUUUUAGUGAGCACCGUUGUGGUGAGUAAACUUCACGUGUUUUUUAAUUGACAUCUCUCUCCGCACAGCGGACGACACUGUUUACAGAGUACGUGUCAUUUUUUUAAAAUAUUGCUUCAUGUGUUUUAAAAAAGGAAACAGAGAAAGCGUGAGAGUUAAUCAUGGCCCCCCUCCCGCCCCUCUCGUUUGAAGCUGCUCUUUAGAGACAUCUGGAGCCCGUGGUUGUUAUUGCACAUUCGCCACAACAGGAGCGAAUGUGUUGUCAUGCCCUCUGCCCCUAGUGAACAAAUGCGCCCUCUUGUGGAUCGAUCCCGGCCUUUGCGUGCGAGCGUGGCUCCUUCGAACAACAACGACACAAAUUGAGAAGCAAACGAAAUGAAAAUGAGGGGGGGGGGGGUCCUUUGCUAGUGGAGUGGGGGGCUGUCAGGGGUUAGGGGUUAGGGCUAAGGUCAGCACGAGGUAGACGGGUAACAAUUCACCUCCACUUCACGUGUGAUUCAAGGAAUUGUUAGGAUUCUGAGUAACGUUUUUUUUUACGAAUGUUUUUUAAAUUCCCAUUGUGGCUUGUUUGUUUUGAUUGUCGUUCCGUCGACGUGAUUUGCAUUAUUAGUUACUACACGCAUAAUUUUUUUAAAUGUAUCAUGAGCUGCACGAUCGCUUUUUAAUCGAUGGGUCAAUGUUUGAAUGGUUCGUGACAGUGAUAAGUGUUGCUUGUCGGUUCUGGAUCGGUUGUGUUUCCGGCGAUACUACAACGAUGUCACACAUGAUUAAAUCAGCGAUAAUCUUACUGCCCGCUUUGCAAGAUAUAUCACUAUUAUCUUGCCUUAUCAGAAAACAUUCUUCAAUAUUUAUUUUCCUUCCAGAAGGAUUAUUACAUGGUUCGGAUCGACGGCAUAGUUGGUUAUGUAACGCCACCGUUAUAAGCAAUCGGACACAUUUUUAAGUCCCGGCAAUUUCCGUCGACUCGUGAUGGGAUUGUGUUGAGCGAAACUGCAGUCGAAGAUCUUUGAAGGAGCAGUAUUCUUAAUUCUUGAUCAAAGGACUUCAAAUCAAUGAAAACAACAAUUAAACAAAUUGCAAUCGUACAAGGAACUGUUAUUGCGAUACUCAUCCUAAUUUUAAUAUCGUAUCGCGAUCAUGAAAGUUUUUUUAAUAUAGUGGCAACCCCGGGGUUAGGCAUUAGCUUCGCGUUCGGUUGGCUAUCAUGUGCUGGGGCUCCUCAAGCUGCUUGCCAUCAUCACCACCACCACCCGGCUUUCUCGCUCUUGCGCCGAUUUCAUGUUCAUCACUGACAUUUGCAGAGUCAUAUUCUUAGGUUUUUUCCGGUAAAGUCACGUAGGUAAAAAAUAAAAAUGUAUAAAAGUAAAAUAAAAAUAAAAUAAAUUAUGUUACUUUUAUUAAUUAUUUUUUUUUACCUACGUGACUUUACCGAAAAAAAACUAAGAAUAUGAAUCCUUGCAGUCACGAAAGCUUCAAAUCUAGAAUUUGCAGAGCCGCCAAUGCCAGGCGGGGUGGCUGGGAUGGGUGGGGGGUCCAUGCAGGGGUGGCUACGACAUCACGCACACACGCGUACACACAAGACACGCGCACGCACACACACGCGCACACAUAAGACACACGCACACACACGCGCACACAUAAGACACACACGCACACACGCGUACACACAAGACACGCGCACGCACACACACGCGCACACAUAAGACACACGCACACACGCGCACACACAAGACACGCGCACACACGCGCACACACGCACACACGCGCACACACGCGCACACACGCACACACACGCACACACGCGCACACACAAGACACGCGCACACACACGCACACACGCGCACACACGCACACACGCGCACACACGCACACACGCGCACACACGCGCACACACACGCACACACACGCACACACGCGCACACACAAGACACGCGCACACACACGCACACACGCGCGCGUGCAUCUAUCCCCCAAGGCAUCGUCAAGCUCGGCUCCUGGUUUCGGCCCAUUAAUCACAAUGACCUCUAAUUAAGCCCCAUCGGAGGAGGGGGGGGGCUGUGGAUGGGAGGGACGGGUUGUGAGCGGGCUUGGCUAUGAGAAGAUUAAUAGUGGGGGUAGGGGGGGGCACUUGAAAUUGUGUGGGACAGAGUUUGCACGACGCUUUUGCAACCUUUCCAAGUCUGGUGAUGACCAAAUCUACAGUCACAUUAGCAUAAGGGCGCCCAACCUCAAAAGCCAAGCGGGUUAGAACCUCGUGAGGUCUCGGAUGGGUGACCACCAGGGGCUUGCCAGGUGUUGUGGCCAGGAGAUGGCAGUGGUGAGUGUGUGUGUGUGCCCCCCCCCCCCCCCCUGACUUGGUAGUCUGGUGUUUGUUUUGAAUAAGGGCAAACACUCAUUCAUGGAAUUGGCCAAACGUGCCAAAAGCUGUAGGACCUUCCUGAAAAGAGAGCCUUGAGACUCACGCUUUCCUGGUUAAAUAAUUUGCAUUCAUGAGCAUGUUGGUGUGUUAGACGUACACCGAUGGACGAUUGAUGAAUGAAGGGUGUGUCCAUGUUGACCGCUGGCCAGACGAGUGGCGGGUCGUCUCGCAGAGAUAGCGGUCAGAUGUCCAGUCCAGGGCCUGAAAGCGGUGAUGAACUCCUGUGAACAAUGACUAGCAAAGUCGCACCGCAGUGCGUGAAUCGUGUGCAGUGAAACCCGGUGUGUUAGUUGCGGUCCGGUCUUCACUGUGGCCCUCUCUCUCUCUAGGAGAGAAUUUUCCCCGGUAAACGUGUCCCCCUUUCAAUCCCUAAACCCCCUUUCAGUGUUACUGAUCGGGAACGGGCGUUUGGAACAGCGGUGUUUUGUUGUAUUAAACCGUGGCAGGAAUUAAACAGUACAAACAUUGAA